AUGACCUCCAAAUCCCCGGUUUCUGCCGUAUCGCAGCAGCGCAAAGUCUCGUCCACACCCGACGCAGCGAAUCAGACAUCUCCGCAAUCAGCAGCAGUCGCGUUUCCGUCUCCACAGGCCUUUGAUUUCAUACCUCCAUUGCAUGCGCUGCUACUGCGUUUGCAAGCGUCUGCUUCUACUGCAACGGCCAAUCAGCCCUCGAGCGCAGUGGAUGCCGGCUCUCAGUCACAGCAAAAGCAAUCACAGCAGCAGCCGCCCUCGCAACUGAAAUCAAGCACGUCCUCUUCAACUGCUCCAUCUACACAAACAAUAGCAGCACCGCCAGCGCUCCCGUCGGCAUCAACGGGCGACUCUUCAUUCGCCGUCAGCAAUGCAAACCCGAACGCUCUCCCUCCACUCGAAGCCAAAGACCUCUCCACGGCAGCAAGCGCCAUCAAGAUCCGUAUUCAAAAAGCGCGAGCGGUAAUUGAAAACUUGCCGGACGUCGAUCGGACAAUUGACGAGCAAGCGGAAGAGAUGGACGAGUUACAGGAGCGCAUUGCGUGUUUGAAAGCUGUCAUUACGGAUUUCGGCCGUAGGGCGGCGGUUAAAGAGGAUGACAAAAUGGAUCAGAGUGUUUGA